CAUUUAAUCAGCUUGGGCUUCCAGAGCCUCCACCUCAGGAGCAGGGAAGGCCGUGCACCCAGGCACUUGGGGUACAAAUGCUCCCAAAGCUGCACCCCUGCAUUACCAAUCAUUAAUCACCCCAGGAGAAGGAGCAAGCGGCAAGCAGGAAAAGGCCGGGUGUCCACAGUCCCCACGGGAGCAGCAGGAAGCAGCGCUGACCGGUUCCCUGGGGUGGCAGCUCAUUCUCUGACCACCCUCCCCUGGGAGGCCCUGUGGAGGCAGCCAGUCCUGCACACUGCCCUUUCCUUCAGGAAGGUCACUCAGUCCAGGGAACAAGAGGCUCUGCCUGUUUCUGGGAGCCGCUGGGCUACGUGUGAGGUGAGGGUUUUGAAGAGGAGUUUCUGUCUGGCUGUACCGCAGUCUUCAUCUCUUCGCCAUGCAGCACAAGGCAUUUUGGAGCGCCCUGGAGUAUACCUGCCGAUUGCUGGGCAUCUCCACUGCAGCAGCAGUUAUCAGUCAGAUUAACAUCACAGAGCAUAGAGAGCUGCCCUACAAGUUGCUGUGCUUUUCCAUAGCUCUGGUGCAUUCUCAGUAUCACCUGACUUUCCCAAAAGGCUUGUGAAGAAUGGGAUGUGCCUGUGUUUUAUUCCUCUGUGUGUUUCAAUGGGUGCUGAUCGGUGUGGGUGUAGAAACUCUGCAGCGAGGACAGUUCAAAAGCCUGGCUUUCUACCUGCUUUUUUCAGGGGUUGCAGUUACUGUCUGUGAAGGCUUCUUCUUUAUCAGUUUGUUCCUGGAGAUGUGCUUCACUCACAAGCCUGAAUCCCUGGCACAGGCCUGCUGGAAGCGAGCUAGAUGCCCAGGGAGCUUCCAGAAAUUCCUGGGGUACACGCUGCUCUCAGUGGCUUGCUUCCUGCAUCCCGUCCUCGUCUGGCAUGUCACCAUCCCUGGCUCCAUGCUGGUGCUCACUGCCCUGGCCUACUUCCUGCUGAGCAAGAGGAGUAAGAGCCCAGGGCACAAAGAGACACAUCCCCAGGGAGGCCAGUACGUGGACCCUUCAGCAACUGAGGCAGCCCCAACCAUCAUUGGUGACACUGAGCAGACCUACACCUUCCACGGAGCCCAGAGGGAGCAGCACCGCUCGCUUCUGGGCCAUAUGAAGAGCAUCCUGAAGGGCAGCAAGGACAGGAGCUCAGCCCCAGAAACUCCUGUCCAGCCAGCGGCCGUGCCAGUCCCUCGCAAGCAAGUGCACUUUCAGGAGAAGGUGGUGCAGAUCAUCCCCUCUGUCAGCGAGAGCUUGGAGGAUGUGGAGAGUGAGGCUGAGGAGACCACAUCGGACACAACACCCAUCCUCACCCCACCUGAUGCCCCCAUCAUCAUCGCCCCUCUCAGCUCUGCUGGCCUCUUUUGAGCCCGCAGCAGGAAUGAGGACAGGACAGACCUGCCGCCCUGGAACAGAUGCUCCAGCAGCCACAGGGCCCCAGGAGGUGGCCCUUUUUGCCUUCCGUACUUUCGGGGUGACUCUCCAAGGGGCUGCCUGCACUCCCUGCUCCCACGCACUGUGGCAGGCCCAGGGGACAGGCGGUGGUUCAGCCAGGGCAGCGCCAGCACAGCGAGCUUUCUGCUGCCACUGCCUCACACGUGUGUCACCCCUGCUGAGCACUGCACACCACUGCGGUGCUCCUGCCCGACUCCACAGCUCUGCUGUGCCCCUCUUCUGGCAGCAACAGGCGGGAGGAGGGGAGACCUCGGUGCCCCGGAGCAGCCUCUGCUGGGGCCCCGUGUGCCUCUGGCCCUCAGAACACAUUGCAGGGCUCAGGGCUGGGCCGCAUCCAGCGCAGGGCGCUGCAGCCCGCAGCUUCCCUCACAGCGCCGGCACCCGCUGCAGCAGCUUGAGACGUGCAAAACCUGUUUCCGAGCUGGGCUGAGACCAAGCAUACCCCUGGCAUUAGCACCUAUUAGUACCUUAGUACCUCCCCAGGCACUCUCUGAGCCCGGCAGGGAAAUCAUCUCCGGCCUUGGAGACACCUAAUCCGGAGCAGAGGCCUUCCAGGUGUCCCCUGCUUGGACAGCCCUCUUGAAUUAGAACUUUGGGAUGAUAUGGCAGCCCGGGACCUGAGGUUCAGCAGCACGCUGGCACAGCAGACUGUGUGUGACUCCAAUGUGUGUAAUUAUGGCCCCCAGAGGGCAAAGGCAAUAAUAAAAUUACCAGACUGUCCCACCGGUUUCUUCCACGCCAGCUCUUCCCUGAACAACUCUGGCUUAAUCCUGGCAUAAUUUCUGCCUUUCAAGGACCAUUCAGUCAUAAUCAAGCAUUUUCCUCCUAUUCAGCUCCCAUCUGAGUACAUGUGGGAAGAGCUCAGGUGGCUGGGUUCCCUUGGACAUGGGACAAGAAGCCACACUGUCACUGCUGUUGGGAUGAAAUGCUCAGAGCAUUUCCCCUAAAUGCUCUGAGCCCAGACACAGAGCACUGGGGGGAAAUGAUGGUAAUUAGAAAAGGUUCCUGGGACCUGCUAGACUAUAUAUAAGGUAGAAGCCAAUCAGCUGGGUGUUUUUCCUGUAAAUACAUUAUUUCUUCUAUUUAAGAUCUCAUCUCUUCAAGAGACAAUCACCAUGUUCAUUUAGGAAAGCAGGUCAAAGUGUAAUCAGAAGGCAAUUGAGAUAAGAAACCAGUGCUACUUUCUAAUAAGUUCUUUUUAAGUGACUUCUAAUUUGUGAUAUGGAUCAGGAAGAAGAUGAAAGAUAUUGACUCACAAUGUUUGACUGCCUGUGUUUCAUAAUGAAACUGUUGACAGGGACAGUUUAUGAAGGGUCACACACACUUGUCAGUCCUACUAUGAGACAGACAAAAAGUUUUUUUGUUGUAUCACCAACAUAAAAAGUAGCUGGUAUCAAUCUGCUCUAAGCGUGAUACAUGGAUUAGAGACCUCCUGUUUCUAGCUACAGAAAUUAACCUUCCACCCUGUCAUGGAGUGCUGGGGAAGAGUCAUGUACACAUGUGCCUUUAGGGUGGAUUUGCACCUGUAAAAAUAUCUUCAGAAAAUUGCACCCCAUUAACACUGCACAACCAAUAGCAGCAGGCCCAAGAUCCAACCACAGCUUCACCCUCAGCCUGGUGUAUUCGUCACAUUAGGAGAUAAAAAAAUAAAACUAUUUUCCUCUAAAGCUGGUGACAAUCAUACCUGCACCAAUCAAGGUCCCAACCAGUCAUGCUAACAGGAUAACCACCCUGGCGUCCUCUGCCCAAAAAGGUAGAGCUGGCUCCCCAGCUUGACCACACAUCUGCUUUGCAAUUAGACCCACUUUCAUUAGCAAAGCCCACUUUGUGCAUCAUCCAAGGCUCUUCUUUGAACAUUGCAUAAUUAAUUGCACACAGGGAAAUAAACUUACUUGAAAAGGCACUGCUCCCAAUAUAUUGAUCAAUCUGCUUACAAGAGAAAGACUGUAUUGCUGUAGACUCUUUUCUAGCCCUCAGCAAAGCUCCUGGGCAGUCUAGGUGGGAACAGAUGCUCUGUCACAAAUUUCAUUCUUCAGCCCUUACUUGAUCUGCCAGACCCAUGAUUUGUACCUAUGGGACAUCAGGGCCAGCUGGCAAGGGGCAAAGCAAUGUGGUGACAGCACCUUUGGUACUUUGAAGUGUGUAGGGAGCAAAUUUCAUUUCUGUGAAGUGCUUAAAAUGCAUUUGCAGUUGUUAGAAUCUGCACAAUUUGGUUUCCAUUUUUAGGCUCAUCUUUUAAAAGUUAGUUGUAGGUUUCCCUUCAGAACCAAGAGUGGAAGAAGCUACAGGUAAGGUGUUCUUUCAGGCUUCGUGGAGCCAGCAUUGGACCUGGUUGCUUUUCUGGCAUUCUCCCUUCUGUUGGCCUGGUCCUUCUCCAACCCCACAGCUAGCUGGCUCAGGAAAUAAAGG